ACAUACUUUGCUUCGCUAUUAAACCGUUAGUGUCGUCUGACACCAAGUUUGGCAUCCUCCAUCUGCUUCUCUGCUAAGAAAUUUCAUUCCUUUCUACUUAAUAGGAAGCUGCAUCACCAAUCUUUUAUAAUCUCAAAUUGAAGAGCAACCAAUUGAUUUACACAGUUGCUGAUUUUGUGGGGAGAGGGAGAGAGAGAGCAAGGGAGAGAGAGAUGUCUGCUGAUUGGGGACCGGUUGUUGUAGCGGUGAUUUUGUUUAUACUAUUGUCACCGGGAUUGCUGUUCCAAAUACCGGGGAGAGCAAGGGUGGUGGAGUUCGGGAACAUGGCGACAAGCGGUAUCGCCAUUCUAAUUCACGCUGUCUUGUACUUUUGCAUACUCACCAUCCUGAUCGUAGCAAUCGGCAUUCACAUCCACGUUAAUUGAUCCUCGCUGGGCGGUGGUGGUGCAACACCGAAAGCUGGUUUCUCCGUAGAUCAGCCCUCAAACAUGGAUAUCUUUUAGUGUUGUUCACUGUCUCUACUUAUUUCUUCAUAUGAGUUUCCCUUUGCUGUUUUUUUCUAGGCAAUAUUCAGCCACGUCAUACGUGGAAGCUCUAAAACAGAAAUAGAGUUUCCCCUACCUAGGUCACACUUAUAAUCCAUUGGAUGAGGAUGUCUUUUUCUGCUCUCAAUUGUCAUGAAACCUUUGAUUUCAUAAAGGUUCGUGCAAGAUGAGCUUUAUAUUGCUAAUCAAUUUGACAUGCUUCGUGCAUUUCCCUUC